CUUCCCUCGAUUGUUGGCCAUUGACUAUCUUCUCCGCCAAGAUGUCAUUCCGGCCAAUGUUCCAGCAGCGGGCUAUUGCUCCGAUCGCUGCCAGUCUUCUUGCCGGUGGCAUUGCUUUCUAUCCCAAGCGCACAGCGUUUGCAGAGGAACCCCUGGACUCCAGAAAACCCAUCUACGAUGACUUCCCUGCCGAUAUCCCCGAACCUACCCUCAAACCUCUCCCAGCUCCCGAGGCACCUGUCUCGUCGUCUUCUCCUACCCCGACAGACAUUCUGACCGCGCAGGUCCGCCGUGCUCGUCUCUUCCUUUACGACAACUCGCUCGCCGCCGAGACCGGCUUCAACAACUUCCUCUCGCGUGCUCUUCACAUCGAGAAUGCCUUCACCAACACCAUCGCUUCUCUCGCUCCCUCCCCCGAGUCCGGUGAGCAGCUGAUCCCCGGCGGUGUCUACGUAGUUGUCUCCGCUAUGGCCGGUUCGAUCGUUUCGCGAAACCGCGGCAUCUUCCUCCGUGCUACCUCGCCGCUUGCCUUUGGUACCAUCGCUGCCUGGUCCCUCCUGCCUGUGACCAUGCGGAAUGUCUCCGACCUUGUGUGGGAGUACGAGAAGAGAGUUCCCGCUCUGGCGGAGAACCACCUUCUGGCCCGCGAGAAGGCCGAGUACAUCUGGCACACUGGUAUUGCACACAGCGGAAUGGCCAGGAUGAAGAUGGAGGACAAGAUCGGCGAGGCCCGCCAGAAGUUGGAGGAGCUGGUCAGCAAGGGUCACUAAAUUUGUACGUUGUUCAGUUUUUUUAAAUUGGAACGCAGUUUUAUAGCG